GGUCAGGUGACGGUCGAGGGGCGGGGUAUCGGAACGGGUCAGCUGACUCUGGGUCCUGUGACAAUCCGUGGCCUCUGUCCGUUGUUGAGUCUGGCUGUGAGAGAACGGAACAUGUCGGCCUAUCCGAGUCGCCACAACCCCUUCGCCGAGGAUGAUGAGGACGACGAGGCCCAGGGCCGGGGGUUCGGCGGGGCUGCUCGGGAGGAGGGUUGGAGCGACGCGGCGGAGCGGCAGAACUACCUGAGGCAGCAGGCGCUGAGCAGCGCCCGGCGGGCCGUACAGAGCAGUGGCAGGAGCGUCGCCCUCAUCCACGAGUCGGAGCAAGUGGGCGCCGACACUGCGGAGGAACUUCUACGACAAGGUGACGCACUGAGGCGAACAGAUAAAAUGCUGGAUAAAAUGGAUCAGGAUAUGCAAGUUAGCCAGAGACACAUCAACAGCAUCAAGAGCAUCUUUGGCGGCAUUACAAACUACUUCAAAUUCAGGAACUCUGAACCACAAGCCCCUCCAGAACCUGAAAAGCAGACUAGGAGCAAAUUGCAAGAAAGUUUGGAUAAAAGCAGACAGCAGGAGGAGAAUUACCAAGCAAAUCAUCCGAAUUUAAGGAAACUGGACACAUCAGGUUUUGGGGCUGCCAGUAGUUCUGCAGCAGAAAAUAACAAUUAUCCUAAAAACAGCUACCUACGUGCUUGUCAUGAAGAGAUGGAUAACAAUCUAGAUAUGAUGUCUUCUGGCUUGGGGCGACUGAGGGGUCUCGCAAUUGGCCUACAAACAGAAAUCGAUGACCAAGACGAGAUUAUUGACCGCGUGACGACCAAGACGGAGCGUGUUGAGUCCAAGAUUGGAGCAACUAAUCGACAGUUACGCAAACUUUAAAGAAAAACAUAACAAUUUAGCCUCUAGUCAAUGGCGUGUGCCUCAACAGCCACUGAACGAAGAAAGUGGCGGUUUUUUGUACUCAGAUGCUACGUCAGAGUUUAGGAAUACACGGAAUCUCAGAAUUGGUCCUCAAUGAAAUCAGCUUCUGAGU